GACAUCAGCUGUGAAUUCACUAACAGGUUUGCCAACUUGAGAUGCUGAACUAGGGUCACCUUGUUAUGUACUGUUUGGUAUACCUGUUGUACAACUGCAUCUCAUAUGAACUCCUGGGGGAGUCUAAGAUUUAAGGAGCAAAACAAGGCUUGGACCACACUGCAAGGACAGCUUUCUUGCCUACCAUUUUGUCUUCGCUUAUUAAAGGAUGUCUGAAUCAAAGGGUUCUGAUAAUGAGAGUUGCUCUGGUUUUGAACUGCUGGAUUUCGAGACUGCUUUGGAGCAGUUCCAGGAACUAGUUGAAAAAACAGUAACCCAGAAGACAAAGGAAAGAUUAGGCUUGUACAUUAAGGAUGAUGAUGAGAUAGAUUAUGAUGAGUUCUAUAGAACCACGCUGACACUUUUUGGUCCAGAUGUCAAGGAGCAUAAUGUUAAGGUCUUUUUCAAGAAGAUAUGCAACAAUCCUGAUGCAAGUACAGAAUGGUGUGAGAUUUUUGGCUAUUUCAUAGGAGGAAAUGGUGCCAUGCCUUCCCGUCCGCAAGGAGAAAGCACGGUUUUCCUUACAUCUGAAAAACAGCAGAUUACUUAUCCAGUUGUCAAGCAUCGAGAUAUGCUUACAAGCAUGGUGAAGGUGCCCCAUCUGGAUUUCACUGUAACAUCCUCUCAGAAAGGAGUGCUAGCUAUUUUGAACAACAAGAUGAAAGUCCUGGCAACCACCAUUGUUAAAGAUGCUGCUUGGAUCAAUGGAUGUGAUUACCUAACUCAGCUGAAAUGUGUUGUGGCUGUAACUGAAAGAACAGUUGUCGUAUGGGACUACAAGUCAAUACAGAAACAGAGUAGUUACGUUAUCAUCAAACCAAUGGAAAACAGUCUGCUCUGUGUUUGCACCGUAACUAUGUCUGAUCAACUGGCUGAGGAUACCAUCCUAAUAGGAGACGACAAAGGUUAUGUUUACCUGCUCAAAGUAACCAGUGAUCAUUUGGGAAUGAAGCAAUGUAAAGAUAAAAAACAAUCUCAAGCUCAGAUCUUGGAUUCCAAAGAUUUUAACAUUGUUAAACGCAAGCUACAUGAUGACUGGGUUUUGAAAGUGAAAUAUAUUUCUGACCUAAACUGUUUUGGAUCCUGCUCCUCGGACAGCAUUCGUUCAUUUGUUUUGGAUGACAUAAAGCGACUAGAGGACAACUUACCUGUAAAGGAAUUUUCUGUUCCUAAAGGAGUCAAUGCCUUCACGUAUUGUGGAAAAGCAAAGGUCAUUGUCACUGGGGGUAAGUAUGAGGCUUAUAUAUUUUUGAAAGAGAGUCAUUUUUACCAAGAUAUUGUUCUGUUACACAAAAUUAAAAGGGAAAGCAAUAGGGCUAUAAGUGAAAAUCCUAAAAUUUUUAUUGUAUGGGAUCUACAGACCCUUUCAAUGCUACAGGUCUUCCAGGAUGAAGAGAGUCCUAAAGGAAUUGAGCCCCUUGUCAUGGUAUUUGACAAUGCUCGUGGCACACUUAUCACAGGUGCAACUGUCAUUGAUAUUUAUCCCCUAACACAAAUGAUAGAAGAUACAAAACAGGUCCCAAAGACACAUGAGAAAAGCAUAAAUGUUCUGGCUUAUAACAGGGCUUUUCAUCAAAUCCUCACUGUCUGCUCUGAGUCAAUACUGAAGGUCUGGGAUCUAGAAACAGGAUAUCAAAUAUAUCAGAUUGAAGAUGCACAUGGGCUGAACAUUGAAGUGACCUGUGCAGCAAUUGAAACAAAUGGUUUUUAUCUUGCUACUGGGGCUUGUGAUGGAACAGUGAAAAUUUGGGAUUUUGGCAGUGGACAGGAAGUUAAAGCCUUGCCUUUGACCCAGCACAGCAAAGAUGAGCACUGCCUGCUGAAGUUAGAAUAUCUGAAGGCUAAUAAGAGUCAGCAUGUUGUUCUCAUUUUGGAACAGAGUGGGAAGAUGAAAAUCAUUCAGGGUAAUGAAAUUCAAAGAUAUCUAGAGGUUACAUGGGUGCUUCCUGAGGCAGUGUUGUUUCUACAAAGAAGUCCAGUUAAAUUUCUGUCACUAAAUCCAGCCACUUUACAAAAACACGAAUUUUUUCCAGAUAUCCAGCUACCAUCUGAUGACACCAGUUCUCUAAGCAGCGAUACGGAGGGAUUUGUACCUUCUGUGGAAAUGAAGUGCUUUGAUGUGUUAAAAGUAGAAGCACAUAGCUUGAUAACUACAGGAAGUGAAAAUGGUGCAGUAAUUCUGUGGGAUUUUGAAUCUGCUUCUGUCAGAUACAUGUAUAAAGUUAAUGACAGCAGCCAGGCUUCAGUUCCUCAAGCAUCAGGAGUCAAUGCUGUGUUAUUCCUUGUGUAUAGUGCUUCCUCUUCCAGGAAAAUUAGCUCUCUAUCCUCUACUGCUGUUGGGAGUAGUGAUAUUGAUAAUGAUGUAAGUGAUCUCCCAGAGCACAAGAAUAGGUAUUGGAACCAGGAUAAGGAAAAUGCAAGAAGUAAUGAAGAUAAUACUCAGAUAACAGCAGGAGGAUACCCACCAGUGCUGGCUUCUGCUCAUGAAAAUGGCUACAUCUACCUAUGGAGUAUUCAGGGGAACUUACUGAAAGAAAUUUUGCCAUUUUCAAAAUAUCAUCCAGUUGCUCUGACAGCAAUGUGUACAGACCUCUCUACUAAAACGCUUCUGGCAGGCAGCAAGGAAGGACACGUUAUGUGCUGGAGCAUUGUCUCAUUCUUAGAAGAUCCAGAAAACAGUAAAAAUCAAAUAAAGGAGGAGCUCUGUUGGAAGGCACACUCUGCUGAAAUCAUUGGCUUAUUUCAUGAAGAGCAAAAACAUGUGGUAGUAACAGCAUCUGUUGAUGGUUCAGUCAGACUCUGGCAUGCCAUGAAUGGAUACUAUCUUGGUUACUUUGGGCAGCCCAGGAAAUUUGAAUUAUCGGAUAUCAGUCGAUUGAUUUUGCCUUGUGAUGUUAAAGAUGUUCCAGUGAUAAUUAAAGAGGAAAGCGAGCAUAUGGAACAGAAGAGCAAGCCAGACAGAGACAAGGGAAAAUCACUACCCAGAUCAUCUUCAGUUUUAAAAAGGGAUGGACAGGUGGAAGCAAUUCAGAACUUGAAGUUUUUCAAAGCUCUGGCUUCUCCAAAGCCCUCUAGACAACCUUUGGAGAGCAUUGUGUCAGGAACCAGAGUGACUGGUGCAGUAUAUGGGCAUCUCCCUUUAUAUAAGCUUGAGAAGCCAGCUGAAGAAAGCAUCCUACACAAUCAUCAGCGGAACAAACCUGAAGCAUCCACUCUAACUGAACCGAAAGAGGAGACAAAGCUCAAUGGAGAGCAGAAUCAAGACAAGAUAGGAGAGACCACAUCUGGUAUGGCUGACAUGAACUGACCAGAGAUAUCCCACACCAUAUUAUGUCCUGCUCAGCAAUAAAAGUCUGGAAAAAGGAUGAAAAAAGUGAGGUGAUUAAGGCGUUCAUCAUCUUAAGUAACUGCUAUGUGUGCUGUGGCCGUGCUUCCCAGCUAGUGGCUAAACAUCUGCCUUGAAGUACUGAAUGAAUUCAUUCUUUUGUUUUUCGUAUCAGAAGAAAAGCAGAGAGACCCAAUUUUAUUGAAUAGGCAAUCUACUAAUGCACUGGACUACACAGAAUUAACUAGAACAGACGCUUAUUGUAUCCUAGAGAACAAAGGAUGCUACAGGAAAGAAAUUAAAAACAGAAAAGCUUAUGAGGCUAUUUUUCUCUAGCAUCCACACUUGUAUUUCAGGUUUAAGUGUUUUAGGUAUAUCAGUUGUUCCAGAUCAUUACUAUAUUAUGGAAAGGUAUCUUAAUUAAGACAACAUUUUUCAGCACGGCAGAAACCCGUGCUUGAGCUGGCUGCAGUAGUUAGUUUGCCAGAAUUUCAUUACAGCCUUUGCUAGUGCUUUACAGAAUUUGGGAAGUUCUUUAGGUGCCCUCACCCACUGUGGCAGUUCAAUCUGAAUAGCAUCAACAACACCAGAAUGUCGGGAGCCGAAAGUCUGCGUUAUAUAUCCACCACUAUAAUAGUUCCCAUUUUUGGGGCUUGGAUUGGAUAGAGAAGGCACACAAAUGUAACUGUUAUUUUGUUCUUCAAUAUAUUUACCCAAACUUCUGUUCCCUGCAAGCAAAGUCUCAAAAGACACACCAACUAGCUGAUUGGACAGAUGUCUAAUGGAGGAAUUUGAAGCAGAAAUGUCACCCGAGUUAAGAGAAGUUUUUGAAAGUGUAUAACCUAAUUCUAUCCACUGUUCGGGAUGUGCUUGUCCAUGGAUAUCCAGAAUCAGGCCCCCUGUCAUCUGUGAUUUUGCAGUGGUCAAAAACCCCAUGUAAUCCUCCCAGGCCUGUUCUGCUUGGGGAACUCCAAAGGUGGCCUCUUCCUUUUCCCUGUUGGCAUCCAUCUUGAACCUCUGUAAGUGGUUUAAAACAAUAUGUGGAAAGAAACCAUCAGUAAUUUUGUUGAUUUCCUCAGCAAGAGCCUGAGCCACUUCUAUUGUGUAUCUGUCUUGUUUGGUAGAUACUUUACACUUGUCAUAAUUUUGAAUGCUUCCAGGAGGACACUCAUGAGAGAAAAUACAAGAAGAUGUCUCUGCAUCCCAACAGCCAGCCUCUCGGUCAGGGAUGUCUUCAGGUUCCAUUGACCCACCAUGUGGGACAGAGAGGAUCAGGUUCAUGUUGCCCACUUGAUACUCAGUGAAAUGGUUAUGGCCAAAUAUAACUUCUUGGCUGCUAGUGGGUUUCAGAGGCAAAUAUAGAAUGGAAAGGAGGAACAGAUACAUAGUUUUCAGUUCCUGCUGGAAGACUCAGCAAAAAAAAGAGUAUGGCAGUACCUGCAUAAAAGUAAAAGACAGACUUUAGAUUACUUACAAAUGGAAAUAGAUGUGUGUAGAACAGCUGCUGCUAGAAAAAUCAGUUACCAAUUAACUUGUUCUAAUUUAACUCCAAGUAGUACAAAGAAUGAAAGUACGUUCAAGAAACACAAAAAAGGAACGGGGGACUUUGUGUGGCUAGAUGUAAUUGAUACAGUUUUUCUGAAAGAGGGGAUUCUCCCAGAAUAACAGGGCCAGGGAAAUGGCAGAUUAUGGGGAAUAAAGGAGGCCCAAAGAAAGAACAAAGAUUAUUUGAUCAUAUUAUGUGACACCAAAGAAUCACUAGUUCUGAGCAUAAAUAUUUUAAAUAAACAUUUUCCUAACCAA